AUGGCUCGAGCUAAACCUCCUGUAGUAAAGGCUGCAUGCCUUGCAUGGGGCCGAGACUGUAGUUACCAGCCCAGUCGUAGGGGUGGUGUCCGAAGAGGUGCAAGAUAUGCAGAAGAGCAACGACGUCGUCUUGAGCCAGAAAACCCACCGUCUUCCUUCUCUCCUAGCUCACCUCCAGAGAUUACCGAGAGUCUAGGUAAGUGCCUCAUUUUAUUCUCAAGCCUGUCCUUAUCUGACUGCUUUCUAGACCCUGCCUUGGAUAAGAUGAUAGGAUUGGUUUCUCCUUUUUCAGGUCUUCACAACCUUGAUUUGUCCCCAGACAGUCUCUCAGAUACACUGGGAGGCCGGCAUUUUUGGGAACAGUUUACCCCAAGUACUGAAGGCCCCCAUAAUUCGGUGUCUGCUGCCGAUGUAGAACAACCAACCGCUAGAGCAUAUCAAAGCGAAGCGGACAUGUACGCCGAGAACCCCCAGAAAAUCCAACUUACUAAUAGCCAUGAGACAGUGUCAAUGCCUACUACUUGUAUAUUCACCUAUAUCUCCCAUUAUUGCCGCCAUCAACAGAGCUGA